GAUGAAGAAGACGAAGAAGAAGUUGAAGAAGAAGAAUUAGAAAGGUGACAAGAUGGCUACGGAACCAAACAAGAAUGAAAUUAUGACAAUUUUUAAGAAAUUAAGAUCCAUACCAACAAAUAAGGCAUGCUUUGACUGCGCAGCCAAGAAUCCCAGCUGGGCUAGUAUACCAUACGGAGUGUUCUUGUGCAUCGACUGCUCUGGCAUCCAUCGAUCUCUUGGAGUACACUUAAGCUUCAUCAGAUCUACUGAACUGGACUCUAACUGGAACUGGUUUCAGCUGAGAUGUAUGCAAGUAGGAGGCAAUGCUAAUGCAGCAGCAUUCUUUAACCAGCAUGGUUGCUCCAUCAACGAAACCAAUUCCAAAUACAGCAGUCGUGCUGCCCAGAUGUACCGAGAGAAGAUCAGACAUCAUGCCAAUGCUGCCCUGUCUAAAUAUGGUUCAGAUUUGUGGAUUGAUUCCCCGGGAGUGAUUGGCCAGUCAGUGGCUCCUGAGAAGAAAGAAACAGAUUUCUUUGCCGAGCACACUCAGUCGGUGAACAGUUGGGAUAUGGAGUCCCCCUCCCUCGGAGAGCAGAACGUGCUGCUAGAGGAGCGCUCCCAGCCCCCCGACUGCUGCCUCUCACAAUCGGAGGGUCCUAACAUUGAGGGACUGAGUUUGUCACCCAAGCAAGCCGGCGAUGUGAAACCCUCCAUUAUUGGGAAGAAGAAACCGACCACGGCUAAGAAAGGGCUGGGGGCCAGGAAGGGACUGGGGGCCCAGAAGGUGAGCAGUUCCAGCUUCUCCCAGGUGGAGCAGCAGGCGCUGGAGGCUGAGAAGAUGAAGGAGGAGCGGGCGGAGGAGGCCAAGAAGCAGGCUGAGGAGUCCAUUGUAGCAUCAAUGCGGUUGGCCUACAAGGAACUGGAAAUUGACAGAAAGAUGGAGGAUAAGAAGAUGAGCAACCUGGAGGGGAGGAAGCGAGAGCAGGCGGAAAGGCUGGGCAUGGGAUUUGGCAACAGAAGUGCCGUCUCCCACUCAGUGAUGUCGGAGAUGCAAGUGAUCGAGCAGGAGACUCCUGUCGGGGCCAAGUCCUCUCCUCGCUCCAAACUGGACAUGUUCGAUGAGCCCGGCUUCACAUGUGGACCCCCUAAGUACAAGGAUAACCCAUUCACCACCGGGGACAGUUUUGGGACCCGGUGGGAUGCCGAGGGAGGGACUGCCUCCUUCACCUCGUCUUGGGCGCUUGAGAAAGUGGAGCCUAAAGAGGAAGUCACCAUCUCCAGCAUCCAGCCCAUUGGAGAGAGACUGCCCAGCCGUCGCAAGGCCGAGGCGAGCGUGUCCGUAGCAGAGUCCAGUGAAGCCAGGCAGAAGUUUGCCAACGCCAAGGCCAUCUCCUCAGACAUGUUCUUUGGACGUGAGAGCAAUGCAGAGUAUGAUGCAAAGACACGCUUGGAAGGUAUGUCAGGCAGCACAUCAAUCAGCUCUGCUGACCUGUUUGGAGAGAGCACUGAUCGCACAGGCGUGUCUGGCUUUGACAGUGUCCUACCCACCAGCCCUGACAUCGCCCAGUUCAAACAGGGCGUAAAGACGGUGGCUGGCAAGAUGGCAGUGCUCGCCAACGGAGUCAUGAACACCAUCCAGGAUCGUUACGGCUCCUACUGAUCAGCCCUGGAGGAUCAGCCACUGUGUUGUCUCGGAGAAAUGACUACUGCUAAGUGUUCUGCAGUCUGCCGUGUGUGAGAAGAGUCUCCCUGUGUUCCUUCACCUGUAGAAAGCAACAAUCAGACAGUAUUUAUUUUUCUCUGAAGUACAGCACCAGGAUUCCGGUUUUAACCUGUAUGUUAUCCUGUUUUUGGUCAACAAUUUCACAGAUUCCGAAUUAGAUUCAAGUGAUAAAAUCAAACUGACAUAUGAUACAAUUUUAUGGAUGACUCUAAAUUGAAGACGUGUUAUUUUGGAAACACUGAAACAUCACUCAUUAGCAAUUAUAAUUCAUUUUUUGCGGUGAUGGGAUGAUUUUAUAACAUACUAAAGCUCAAUUACAUUUUCUCCCAUUUAAUUUGCGUUCAGUACUUGCUGAUAUUAACAGUUUUUUGGUAUCCAAUUUCAAUUGAGGUAAAAAAAAAUAUAUAGUAAACUAAAUACAAUCAUUUUAAAUUGUGUGUAACUGCUUAUUCGGUUUACAAUAAGAGUGUGUCUUAGUGUCCUGACUAACAGGCUGCUGUGUGUAUGGGCGUCCAAGGAUGCGCAUUCAGCAUGUUGCCAAAUAUACAACUUUGUCCAUCACCUUAUUGGCUUCCUGUCAAAAGCAAACUGCAACAAAUUGAGUUGCUUCUAACAUGGCCAAAGAUGUUGAGGAUCAUUCUUGUGAUCAUUCUGGAAGAUUACUUGUAUAUUUUCAUGAAACGUUUGGUAAGAACACUGCUAGUGUUUGAAGGACAGAGUGCAGGGGGGAAGCCAAGACAACAAGACUGAUGCGUUCUGCAGUGUGGCAUCAGUCUUGUUGUCUCAGUGUGUGUGUGUGUGUAUAUUGGACCCACUAGUUGUUGUCAUAGUUCAUGAAGGGUUUGGGUUACCUAGCUGUAUCGCAUCCAUUGAUCCGAUAUUUAACUAAUGUUGUCAUAAAUUCACUAAAUUGGCACAAAAAAAACUUACUUGUUGGAACUAGUUUUGUGAAGAAGAAAUUGUCAAAAUACACUUACUAUUUUGACCUGUGGAAUCAGCAAAUACUCCAUAGGAUUACAUGAAACCAGUUUAAUAAUGGUCCGUAUGUCUAAGUUUGAUCAAGUCAAUCAAAGGCUACCCUCUACACAGGCUGGGUCCAUGAGACAUUUAUGUACAGGAGAUUUCUAUAAAAUGUCAGUCUCAGAAUUAGCUUUAUUUGCCAUGCAAUUCACACAAACAAGGAAUUUACUGUGGAAUGAAUUAGCAUACGAUGAACAUACAGUAUGAUCUGGCCCUGACCAGGGGUGUUAAGCUGAUGUUUGAGCACGUGCUCAUGUAUUUAAAAAGAAAUGUCAGUUCUACAGGUGAAAACGUCAACCACAGUACCACAAAUGUUUUUUUUUUCUUGUUCACAUCCAUGUUUUUAUAUAAACAAGUUAUUGCCCAGCUGCCUGUGAUCGAAUAAAUAUUUCGACAUUACAACAAAGCCAUGUUGGGACUGUGGGAAAGACGGGUGAUCUGUCUGGGCAGAGUCAUCUUCUGCUUUAGGUUUACUCUCCUGAUUCAAAACCAUUAAGUUAAAUUUUUCCUCAUUCUGUUGUUUGCCGUGUGGCUUGAUUUUACCCACCUAAUUAAGGUAGUCAUUUUUAAAAUUAGUUUUAACAUUUGAAACUUGAAAUGUUUUAGUUGAUGUGAAUUGUGGUGGAUCAAAUGUUAUAAAGAGGCAUAUUUAUCUGUAA